AUGACACUGCUGAUCACAGAUACUCUGAAGCUCCAUCCAGUACCAUCAGCAACUUUUCAUCGCAAGCAACUGGAUCUGCCGGAGACCGACACGACCGCUACUCGACUGCAUCUCAUCCUGGACACCGAUUAUGCCAAGGCCAGCAGCAAGUAUGCACGUCAUGUGGCCACUGAGACUUCGGCCCCGGAGGCUUCCUCAAGAAUCUCCAGCCUGCGGGCUCAGGAUUCUCUACCGCCCUCCCGGAGCUCUGUCGCCAGAAACCAAUCAUCUUCCCCUCGCAUUUCUUCCUCGGUUACCUCUGCCGAUACUGCCGCGUACUACCGCCAGAAGCGCCUUCCCAAACGACCAGAGCCGGCACAAAAAGACCCUGUCACCGAGGCCAUCGAGUCUUCUCGCAAUUCUGAGCUUCCAUCUCUUCACGUCAGAAGACGCAGGGCUGUCCCGAGCCUGCCUCAAAUCUCGGCAUCUCAGGCAUACCCGAAGCCGCUGAGGCUCAGCACGAUGAAGAGCCCCAGUCCAGCCCCUACGGCGUCGACUACCGACCGCGCAGCUUCCGCUGCCAGCACUGGAACUGUCGCUCGUUCAACUUCGAGACUCAUCACAGAUAUCGGAAACGAGUUGAACCGCGAGAUGGAAGAAGUUUUGUCGCCUCGCUCCGCUGCCGUGGCUCAUCGCGCGCUGACGCCAAAGAAGGAAGUCGACAUUGAUACGCCUACUCGUCGCCCUCGCCAAGUCCAGUCGAUGAAGUCGAUUCCUUUCAAUGCGCCUCCUCUUCCGGCGCCCAACAAGCCACUUCCUUCGAUUCCGAAGCCCCAGACGCCAAAGCCCAAGCCGAAGACUGAGGCUCCUGAUUCUGGCUUCAUCGAUGUGGAUUUUGGUCCUGGGCCUGCCAGAUCUUACGUUCCCGCCCGCCCGCCGCCGCCCAUUCCGGUCUUGAAGCCGAUCGACACCACUUCGCCAUCUGCUUUCGAUACGACGUUUGACCCUUAUGUCACUCGAGCCGACUUUUCCAUCAAGAGAGACCGCACAGUUCGUCCAGCUGCGUCCAUGGCGACCAUGUCUCCUCGUCCCACACCAUUGGUCGACCAGCGCCAGCAGCGCGUCGUUCAGCCAACAACCUCGGCUUAUGGUCAAAGACCGGCCAACGCUCCUUCCCGGUUCUUGGGUAAGAUGGCAUCAAUGGCCGAGCUCAAGAACGGCAGAAGAGACACGAUUUCGAGUCGUUCGACUGACAGUGACGAUGCCGUGGGAAUGAGAACUUUCCUUAGUGAGGACAGUGCUGCUUCUUCCGCGUCCUCGUCGACUAGGGACAAAGCCACAUCGGGCUCGAAGCGGAAGUUCUUGAGCAACUUGUUCAAGAGAAACCGCAAGGACGGCGAGAACUAA